AUGCUUCGGCUCAAGAUUGUCGUGUGUGUGUUAGUAGCGGGUGUAACAGGGGCGGCAUGCCUGUUGGUUUACAACUCCGAGCAACACGAAGAUCAGAGCGCCCGGUUCGUUGACGACAAAGGCUACGAUAGCCUAGAAGAACAGAACGACCCAUCCUCCGACCAAGAGAACCGCGAAAGUUCCGAGAACAAGCCCAAGGGAGAGCCUGUAUGGCUCCUGCGACACAUCGACGACGAAGGUGACCCCAGGCAGUGGGCACUCUACAUGUUUGGGAGAGUAUACGAGCUUCGUGUCGUACGAAAUGCGCCCUUCCGCUACUCAAUCAUUUGUUCUCCACGAUUCGAAGCGCACGUCACCGACGGUGUCCGACUAUAUCCGAAAACUGGCUUCCAUUAUGUGAGCCCAGAGAGACCCUGUGUGGGAGGUACUCCUGAGCUUCACAUGACCUACUAUCUUGCUGGUUGCUACAUCUGCAUGGUUGGGAGGACACGCUUGACACCGGAUGAGGUUCAGCAAGCUUUUAGCAUGGUCAAGGACGACUUUGGAGUGUUCAUUGCCACUUUUCUUUGCCAGAGCUUCCUCGACAAGUUUCUUAAGAAGAUCAUUGCAAGAAGGGAUCGAGCCUCCCGCAGAAAGAAGUCUAUCAAGCAAGUUAUCACAGGCAAGCGAUUGACCAUGUUCAACCCCAGGCCAAAGAAAAGAGGCCGUCAGAGCCAGGUGAACCAUGGUGGACUGUUUCAGGGACUGGAGACAACGGUCUUGGAAUCGCAAACGAAACCAGAUUCUGCGCAAGAUUGUGAUCAGGCGAGACAGCGAACAGACAUCAUCAGCAUGCGGGCAAGUUUCAGUCUUCCUAAGCAUUGCCACUCUAACACGUGGAAACAACUUAUCAGACCCAGUCAAAGGGCUUCCAAGCGGUUAUUGAUUCAGGAUUCUGAGGAGGCUUAUGUUCGACGGGAGUGUGGCGUUUGCGUUUUGCUCGCUGGCCAGUGUGGGAGUUGA